AUGUACACAGCAUGGCUCGUGUUUGCUGUGGCGAUUCCAGUGCGUAGCAAUAUAUGCGAUUCCUCCGCCGAUAACGUAUGUAUGAUUAAUGUAUCUAAACAUGUGGCUGGCCCUGACAGAAGCCUAUCCUACGCUGGCAAAGUGCUGAUAACCAAAGGCUGCAAUAUUGUUUCUGAUGAUUGGUUUCGUAUCGAUGCAACUGGUGAUGUGACAGUGGAGAACGGGUCAACAAUACAUGCAAAAGGAGACUUGGUGAUUAACGCAAGUGGCAUCCAUAUUCGCAACUCCAACUUGACUUCCUCACUGAGCCGACUUGAGCUGCUAAGCUCCGCGAGCUCUGCCUAUGCAAAUUCUACAUUCUCCUCGGCUACAUCACGUGUUUCAUUGGAUCAGCUGCAGGACAGCAACAAUACCAUGGGCAUCGUCAUAGCAGACUCAUGCCUCAAAGGUAGCUGGAUGAAUAUGACUUGCAACAAGAGUGGGGUCAACUUGGAGGGAAGUGCAGCUCUUUCGACGGAUGCUAGACAGCUGCUGCAGAUCAGAGCUUCAACAGUGGAAGCUGGCAGCAAAUCGACACUGACAGCAGGCAUCAUUAGCAUAUCCACCGAGAGCUCUUUGCAGCUGGAAGCACGAAUUCUCGUCGGCUUUGCCACCAAGCAGACGCCAUCAGAACCUCCAGAAUUGCAACUCACCACGCAAGGAUCGAUGACUCUUGGCAGUAGUCAAUACCAGUGGAUCCUUUCCGGACUUACUGCUUCCGCACAGAACCUGGAAAUUACUGCAAGCAGUUCUGUGAGCAUCCAGCACGACACCACUUGCCACAACAACGGAACCAAAGUGGCUGAUCGGUGUCAAGGAGUUUUAGGCUCCUGGGCCACUACAACUGGUGCGUGGCCACCUAGCGCGGAUGGCGAUGUGUCCUUUAACCUUGUGCUGCUGGCGCGGGAAUCUUUGACGAUUGCACAAGCGGCCCGUUUACAAGCAGCAUCAGCCUUUCUAUGCAGCAACCAGAUGAACGUGGAUGACCAGAGUGUGAUUGAUGUGUCGGGCGGUGGCUGCUCAGCCUCCUCGAGAUAUUCACAACAACCUGCCGGUGGUAUUUCGGUUCCUGGCCCUGCCAAAGGAGGACCUUGGUUGGCAGGCGGAGGAACCCACUUGGGUCGAGGCGGAUUUGCAUGGUGGUUUGAUGGGCAAAGUGUUCACGUCAAUGAGUCUACGGUCAACACGUCUGAGUACGAUCGAUACAGUCAGACUCUGGAGACGCGGAACAUGUUGCCUACUCGAGGAGCUUCGGGCGGCGCAACCGGCUUGUCCUACCUUGGCCAAAUCAGUCCACCAAGCACAGUUUCAAAUGCAGUUUCUGCAGGCGGUGGACUGAUUUGGCUUUCGGCCCAAGCCAUUACAUUUGGCAAGGCUGUUCGCUUGGACGCUGCUGGAAGUGAUGGGACGGCUGGCAGUGACAAAAAGCUCAGCUUUGCAUCAGCUGGUGGAUCUGGUGGACAGAUUUUGAUUUUUGUAGGCAGCUUGCAGACACCAGCAGCUCAAGCAGACCAGCCCACAAUAACGGCCACAGGUGGAAAGGGUGCAUGUAUCCAACAAGCCAAGAUAUGGGUGGUCAGUGGGGCAGGUGGUGGUGGUGCUAUUGGGAUGAACUGGUCUACUCCAACUUCGACUGUUGGAUUGAAGCAUGAUGUUGAAGGUGGCAAGCUGGAUCUCGACUCCAAGGGGUCAAGUUGCAACUUGAUUCCAACGAAGGAGCUUUUGGAUUCGACCUACGGGCAACAAGGUCAGGCUUUCUCCGUUGCAGGAUGCCCAAAAGGACAUUGGGGGCUUUUGUGUAGCAUUUGUCCUGAAAGCCAAUGGAGUGAUGAUGGCUUAAUGUGCCAUCCGUGCACCAACAAACCCGCAAAGGGUACGUAUUCAACAAAGGGCUGGUACACGCCCAUUUGCCCGUACACGUGUGGAGUAGGAGUGCCAAAUGUUGGCAGCAAUCCAAACUGCUUGGACGGAAUAGAGUAUGCACUGUCCUUCUUCGGCGGCUGGAAGGGUUUUUUGGCUAUCGCGCUGGCCAUCUUCAUCACAGCACUGCUGCUCUUGUGGCGGAGGAGAAAGUCUGAAGUAUUGGGAAGGCCUCUCCUUGAUGACGUGCGAUCCUCGAGAUCCUCAAUACGGCAGGAAGGGAGCCAAGCACCAGUCAAGUGCUUUAGCCGAGUAUGUGGACCCCGGAGGGAGCGAGCAGACGCAAAAAAGUAUGAGAUCCCCAGAGAGAAUUUACCUUUCCAUGUUUGCAGAGUGUACCUUCAAGGCGAGAACACCUCUGAAGCACCUUGGUGGUUGACUCCAAGUGUCCCACCAUCGCUUCAAGAAUUUGUUCUAGAGCAAAGGUGGCAUCAAUUGUCUCAGGCUUUGAACAAAGCGGCGGAAGUCGGAAAGAUGUCUGCAAGAGUUGAAGCUGUUCUGAAGCGCCUCUUUCCACCACUAGCUCCAUUGUUUGCCCGGUGUCAAAGGCAUUGCAGAGCUCAGGCCAUUAUCGACGUGCUAAAUACUGAGUCUCUCUCUGUUGGGACCGAUCGACUUUGGAAGUGGAUGCGUGAGCCCGGGAAUGACUUUCUGUUGCGAUUUGGCUGCGACCGCAAGGCAAGCCUGGCACAUUUAGACUUCCUGGACUUCGCAAAAUCUCGUUUGGAUUGGGCUCCCGUAAACUUGCUCAAAGAAGCAUGGCUGAUCCCCGUCCACGGUCAAGGAACCUUCGUUGAACCCUUUGAAGUCGAUAUCAGCGAUCCCGUGCUUCAGCUUUUGGAGCACACAGAUUUCGGUCCGACAGCUGUUCUCUCGGUCAUCUCAACCUUCAACCGGGCUGCGCGGAUAAUCUCCAAGGAAGAUUUGUACAAGGAUGAAGAUAACUCCCUACAGCAGCUGCACGAAAAGGUUGAGCAAUGUGCUUCCCAAUGCGGGCUUGCUGGUUGCGUCCAAGCCUGUGUCAUUUCAACAAGCAGAAGAGGACCUACCACCUCGACUGACCGUAGCGUGCAGAGCCCAGCAACGGUUGACCAUGCAGACGGGGUGCAGUCGCAAAAUAGCUUCAUGGACCUGGUUGAGCAGGGACAGACUGAUGCUCACCUCUCGGUCCGUUCCACCCGAAGAACCAAGCGGAGCGAACUUCGACUUUGCUUGGUGUUCACGCAGUUCUCAACCCUGGCAAGUCUUGCAGAUUCGCUCAGUGACGAAGGUUCCAAGGUGCAGGCUUUGACGACGCCAAUGAAGCUACAGGCAUUCAAUGAUCUCUUGCGAUGUUCUGCCACCAACAUAGGUGAAGACGCCAGCCUAACAAUUGUGGAUCCAAGUUGCAACAACCAAAGCCUGCAAAGGAUGCUAUUGAAAUGGAGCAAAGGUUCAGAGGGCGCAACUGCAAGGACGCUUGUGUCUUUGACUUGCCUUUUGGCCUUUGACCUCAUGGUGUUCAGUCUCAUUUUCUGGAUUCUGUUCAAAACAAGCACCGCAGCAGGGACAGUUUGGAUCCUUCUACCACCAUUGGCACAGCCAUUGGGGCUGGUAUUCGGAUUGCUUUUUCUGAUUUUGGAGGAUCCUGAUCUUGGAAGACUUUUUGCGGACCUGGAACUCUUUAGCAUGUGGAAUGCGGUCUUUGCAUUGCUCGUACUUCUUUUUUCUCUGCUCAUGGAUUCCUUCUUGUUUGACAUCGUCGCCAUGGGAGUGGCGCUAUGCGUGAAGGCCAUGCUCUUUGCAUCGGCAGCUGCACACAUUGCACAAUUGGAAGCCGCCAGUGACCUAAGCUUCAUUGGUGCACCCCAGGGCGAUUUUGUUGCAGGCUUCUUUGCGCCACAGGCUUCAAGGAGUCAGGCCUCAAGUCAUCCUGAUGGUGAGUCUCGGGAGAAGCCACGAGAGAAUGACGCGUCCUUGCACUUGUCGACGUUUGACGCCAUUGGGCCACGACAAUUGUCAUCAGCAACAGCUUCUAGCUUUCCGACUCUCACUCGUUGCUCUUCCAGGUCUGCGCCGAGUCCACCAGCAAGCUCUUCCAGAAUCGCAGUGCAGGCUCCAGCUCCAGCGUCACCCUUCUGA